GGACUGAAGGAGAACGUUCACCACUAGGAGGGAAAGAGAAAACAUCAUAUAAAAUCUAUUAGAUUGUCAAAAUAACACAACAUCUGGACAGAUGAUGACUUAAACCAGGGGGGGAUUCAAAUCACCAACAAUGGCCAAUACAGGUAGGUGCUGCGCCAGUCUGGAGCAGCCCAAGGCCCUGAUGAAGAUGGGCCUGAGUAUGGUGCUUGUAGGACACGUCAACUUCCUACUGGGGGCGCUAGUCCACGGGGCUGUGCUGCGACACAUCAACCUGAACACACGAGCCCACACCGUGGCGUACUCCAUAUCUAAUAUAAUGGCACUCACUACUGGACUAGUGGGUGUUGUUGUAGGAAUGCUGGCCAUCCUCCUGUCUAAAAACAAGAAGAGCAGAGUGCUGACAUGGUUGUUGUUCGUGGUCAGCCUGUUUGGUAGUCUCCUGGCCACAGCGUCUGCGAUUGGCCUCACCGUUUCUGUGGUGAGGGUCACAGUUCAUGGUGGGCGGAGCCUCCUGACUCACUGCCGGUUCCCCAACGCUAUUGGCUACGGCAGCAUCACUAACGAAUGCCCUUUCGACCACACACGCGUUUAUAGCAUGACACUGAUCCUGUGGGUUCCUCUGAUCGUGAUCUGUAUUGUCCAGGUGGUUUUGUCAGUGCGGUGUUUCUCUGUGUGUGUUUCUUUCCUGGGUCUACCCUGCUUCCCUCGCAAGAUCAGGCUCAGGGACCACGGUAGAACGAUAAAUACAGUAGCAUCCGCAGAGCCGCCCUCUCUCACUAGCUCAGUACCCGGUCAUCCCCUUCAUCGACACCUUCUUCAGUCGGACCCGCCUCAUCUCAAGUCCCAGCGGCAGCCUCUUCCUCCUCCUCCUCAUCAUCACUCGUUCCCGUCUCAUCUCAAGUCCCAGCGGCAGCUUCUUCCUCCUCCUCCCCUCCUCCUCCUCUUCAUCACUCGAACCCGUCUCAUCUCAAGUCCCAGCGGCAGCCUCUUCGUCCUCAGCAUCAGAAUCAGAGAGGAAGUUCAGACAGGUGCUCUGAUGGGGGGCAGCUGGUUCCCCCAGAGGAACAUGAGCUGCUGGAACAAGGUUUCUGGAUAUAAUGAUGAUGACGAUGAACACCCAGAUACUGCUCCAUACCCCGUCUAUAUAAUCCCUAACCCAGAUACUGCUCCAUACCCCGUCUAUGUAAUCCCCAACCCAGGUACUGCUCCAUACCCCGUCUAUAUAAUCCAUACCCCGUCUAUAUAAUCCCUAACCCAGAUACGGCUCCAUGCCCCAUCUAUAUAAUCCAUACCCCAUCUAUAUAAUCCCCAACCCAGGUACUGCUCCAUACCCCGUCUAUAUAAUCCCUAACCCAGGUACUGCUCCAUACCCCGUCUAUAUAAUCCACACCCCGUCUAUAUAAUCCCUAACCCAGAUACGGCUCCAUGCCCCAUCUAUAUAAUCCAUACCCCGUCUAUAUAAUCCCCAACCCAGGUACUGCUCCAUACCCCGUCUAUAUAAUCCCUAACCCAGGUACUGCUCCAUACCCCGUCUAUAUAAUCCACACCCCGUCUAUAUAAUCCCUAACCCAGAUACGGAGAAAGUAUUCACCCCCAUUGGUAUUUUUCCUAUUUUGUUGCCUUACAACCUGGAAUUAAAAUCUAUUUUGGGGGGGUAUGUAUCAUUUGAUUUACAUAACAUGCCUACCACUUUGAAGAUGCAAAAUAUUUUAACGGAAAACUUGAGCGUGCAUAACUCUUCACCUCCUCCCCCAAAGUCAAUACUUUCUACGUCUCUAUAAGCUUGGCAGAUCUAGUCACUGGGAUUUUGCCCAUUUUUCAAGGUAC